GGGCAGUUGGUGGGCCGGCCGGUGGCCCCGCCCUGGUCCGGUCCGUUUCCAAGGCCGGCAAACGGUUGCUAGGGAGAGAGAGGAGAGAGGAGGCCUCGGGCCUGGCUGGCGCUUCCCGGCGGCGCCGACAUGGCUGCGAGCGGAGGCGGCUCCUCCUCCAGCAGCCCCCCGUUCCCGCUGCUGCUGCGCUGGGGCCUGGCGGCGGCGGCGGCGGCAGCACUGGCGCUGCUGGCGAGGCCGUGCGGGGCGGGGCUGUACGAGGAGGCGGCGGCGGGCGCGGACCCGGCGGUGUGGGUGCUGGCGGCCGGGACGGCGCGGCGGGCGCUGCGGGACUCGCCCUCCGCCUGGCUGGUGCAGUUCUACAGCUCGGCCUGCGGGCACUGCGUGGCCUUCGCGCCCCUCUGGCGGGCCCUGGCCGGAGACGUCCACGAGUGGGAACCGGCUAUCAGAAUUGGAGUGCUGGAUUGCGGAGAUGAAGAGAACUACGAGGCCUGCAAGGAUUACAGGAUUCAGUUCUACCCCACGUUCAGGUAUUUCAGAGCUUUUACAAAGCAGUUCACAACUGGAGAAAGCCAGCAUGCAGGCUCUGAUCGGGAGCUUCAGACGAUCCGCCAGACCAUGGUUGACUUCCUGCAGAACCAUUCCCGAGAAACAAAGCCGCCUGCCUGCCCUCCGUUGGAGCCAGUUGAGCCGGAAGAAAUCUUUUCUCUCUUUGAUAAAAGCAGCCAGCAUUACACCGCCAUUAUCUUCGAGAGUGCAAACUCAUAUGUUGGGCGAGAGGUUAUCUUAGACAUGAUUCAGUAUGAAAACAUCGUGGUAAAAAGAGCGCUUGAUUCUGAAACAGCUUUUCUGGAGAAGCUGAGUAUUGCCUCCGUCCCUUCAUCUUACCUGAUCUAUCCCAAUGGAUCCCACGGAUUAAUUAACAUUUUGAAGCCUCUUCGGUCUGUCUUUUCUUCCUAUUUAAAGUCGCUGCCUGGUGUUAGAAGAAGACGACUUUCUUCUUCACAACUCCCAGUACCUGUCAGAGAAGGAAGCAGAGAUGUCGAGGAGUGGAAAGACUAUGAUAAAUCUAAGCUGUAUAUGGCCGACCUUGAGUCGGGGCUGCAUUACCUGCUCAGAGUAGAACUCGCCACUCACCAAACUCUGGAAGGAGCGGAGCUCAGGACCUUCAAGGAGUUUGUUGCAGUCCUUGCCAAGCUGUUUCCUGGCCGCCAACCCCUGCUCAAGUUGCUGGAGACCUUGCAAGUGUGGCUGGUGAGCCUCCCAUUAGACAAAAUCCCUUAUGAUGCCAUCCUUGAUCUGCUCAACAACAAAAUGCGGAUUUCUGGACUGUUCCUCACCAGUCGUGUCCAGUGGGUUGGUUGCCAGGGCAGCAGGCCAGAGCUGAGAGGAUACACUUGCUCUUUCUGGAAGCUGUUCCAUACGCUAACGGUGCAAGCAGCAGUUCGGCCAAAAGCCUUACUCAACACAGGCUUGGAAGGCAAUCCUCGGGCGGUGCUGGAGAUCCUGCAGAAGUACAUCCAGGACUUCUUUGGGUGCCGGGCCUGCGCGCAGCACUUUGAAGAGAUGGCCCGGGAGUCGUUGGCGCGGGUGCAGAGCCUGGACGAGGCCGUGCUGUGGCUCUGGGAGAAACACAACGUGGUGAACGCCAGGCUGGCAGGUGAUCUGAGUGAAGAUCCAAAAUUCCCUAAAGUCCAGUGGCCAACUCCAGACCUUUGUCCUGCGUGCCAUGAAGAGAACAAAGGUUUGCACACCUGGAACAAGGCCCAGGUGCUGCAGUUCUUGAAGCAGCACUACGGCAGUGGCAACCUAGUGCAUCCCUACACAGAGGGCCCAGCUGACUUGGAGGAGGGAGAACUCCCAGGAGCGAGGGGGGAGGACGCGCCCUACAAGAAGCCAAGCAGGAGGAAUGAGGACAAGGUCCCCGAUCCAGACAAGCAACGGGAUCCAGAGUGGAGAGUUCUGGACCAGCUGAGCGCUAAGGACAGCCCCAGCAAAGACCCAGGUCAAAUGGCCGCUGAGUCGAUUCGGGGGGAGGAGGUGGUGAAGCAGGCUGUCUCCUUCCUGGGCUUCUCCAACAUCGACAUGAGCCUCUGUGUUGUGCUGUACAUGACCUCUUCCUUGUUCUUAAUGAUCCUGUAUUUUUUUUUCCGGAUGAGGUCCAAGCGCUGGAAAGUGAGACAUUACCGCCCCUACGUCUAGAACACAAACUGGAAGCCAAGCUUCUGCCUGCCCGUGGCUUGCCGGUGGUUGUGCCCAGGUGCAGCUUGAAUACUUCUGAUCAGGGAUUUUUGUACCACACAGUGUUUUCUGCCUUGAAAAUGUGGUUUCCUCUCUGCCCCCCAACCCUAACCCUAACCCUAACCCUGACUGCCCCCCAUUGUUGGAUUCAGGACAUCUGCCUGCAACAAACCCCCACACAUGCCCCUGGCUUAAGAAGCAUUCAUUGUCUCUAGUGAUACGUUCUGGCCUAUAAAACCAACUGUGGCACAUCACUAGAGCCCGCUGUUGGGUUUUCUUCCUGCUGGGCACAGAAUGCUACCAGGGGGCACAGUCCUUCCCUUGGGUCCAGGAGGUGCCUGGGAAGAGGGACUGGGAGGGCUGCCCUAGUGGCUGGUCCUCCUGUUCCUGGAGGGGGGCCUCUGACUUGGUCCUGACGGAAGCUGCCGUCUCCGUGGGCGUAUUUCUUUGGAGUUCAGAUACUCUGGUUGUCAUAGCAUUGGGACGCUUGGGCUUGGUCUAAGCUUGGGGAAGGAUGAGGCCACAGGCAAGAGAUCCAUGGCCUUCAGCAAGACCUCUGGUCCCCACCUUGUGGUCCUGCAGCUGGUGCUGAGCUCCAACUCCCACCAUCCCCAGCCAGAAUAAACCUGUCGCUAGAGGUGAUGGGAGCUGUAGCCCAGCAAGACCUGCAGGACCAGCGGGUGGGAAUCCCUGAGCGAGAACAUGCUCUUGUGGGCCUGUCUCCAGAACUAGGGGGGGCGGUGUGUGGCGGGGGGGGCAUUUCUGCCAAAAGUCCGACAGAGUAGCCUGCAUGUGGGCAGAGAUGGAGAAUGAAUGCUGCCAGCGACUGAAGGGGAUGGUGCUUGGAGAUGUGCCUGUUUUGGAGCAAAGAGGCCAGUAGAGGAGAAGUCUGCAACAUGUUGUCGGGUCACAGGGCAAGCUUACCUUGUUUGAGGGCAUGAGUCUGUCUUUGUUGGAGAUUAAGUUCUACAAAUUUAUUUUUUAAAUUCUUUAAUAAAAAAAAUUGGUACUCUG